AUGGACGGCCCGGAUCUUCAGCGAUUCCGCGUCGACUCUCACACUUCUGAUGGACAGCCCCAGUCGCUGUCGUCCCUCGCAGACGACGCGUCCGCUUUAGCUGCAACCCAACAGCAGCAUCACCAGUCACAUACACCAGCGCUUGCAGAUCCUCAGGACGCGCAGUCGCUUCAGCCUCUACAGUCUGCGCUUGAACACUCGAACCUCCAUCUCCAUCAUCCGCAGGAGCAGCGGCACCAUCACAAUGCGGUUCACCCGCUCAAUACACUGGCGUCUAUGCGGCCGUCGCGGCCUGGCGAGUCGGUUAAUACCGAGCUGAUAUCUCCUCAGCAGUUUGAAGAGAAGCUGCAUACCUACCACCACACAUCCCGAGACCAGGCGUUCCCGGGUUCCCUUUCGGAUGAUCAGCGGAUGCAAUCCUGUUUAGCUCACGGCGGCGAUCACGAUGCACACCACGCGCAGGUCCUGUCGCAAGCACGUUCAGAUCUUGCGGAUACCGCCGUUGCGUGUAAUGGUAAUGGCGCCGACGAUGACGCGCAUCUGCGCAACACCGGCUUGCAAGUAUCGCCAUCCUUUCCGCAUCAUUUGCAGCUACAGCCGCAAAGCGACGACUACUCUGUAGCCCCGGAGCUCUCGAAACAGGACGGUGGUCUGAAAGACAUGAAACUGGUCCCUGACCCUCCCGACCUUGAAUACUGGAGGGAAAAGCUAUUCAACGUGGACGAGACGAUCACCUUGACUGAAGACCAAUUCCGAACCUACUUCCCCCACGUCGACAACGUCUACUCCCACCGCUCCACACAACGCUACAAGCGCAAGCCCUUCGUCUCCCACUACUGGGACUGCAGACUCAAAGGCCGCCCGCCCGGAACCCCCAAAUCCGACGAUCCGAACAAGAAGAAGCGGAAACGCACCGCCCGACAAAGAGACCUCUGCGACGUCAAGAUCAAAAUCACCGAAUACUUUCCCGGGUACGGUGUGGCUGCUGUGUCGGACUUUGCCGCGACCGGACCCGAGACUACCUUUCCUUCCUCGGAGUUUCUGCCCAGCGUGAACUCGUUGUUCCAUGAGUCGGCCUUGGGACAGAGGAGGGACAGUCAGCCGUUCGGCGUGCUCACGCCGAAUCCGACCUUACCUGAGGGUCAUCCCGGGGCGAAUGGAGAGAGAUUCUUUACGAUCCAGCGGGUCAAUGGCAAUGGUGCGAAUGGGAAGAAUGACGGGGUGGGCGGAGGCCAUCGGCAUACGUUGGAAGAGAGCGACCGGGUCAAGAAAAAUAGUGUUCAGCGGUAUUUGCUGAAAGAGGCCAAGGAGAAGAAGAAGGCAGUCACACUUCCCCGCUUGUCGCAGCUGCUACAACUGGGACACAUCCGCGAGACGGUUGCUCGAUUGAAAAGACUUGCUUCGACUCAAAAAGUAUAUCUUGAGACUAACCAAAUUUUAAAGACUAGAACGAUGUCCUCCCAAAAUGAAGCCCAGCAAAAAACCUACCACACCAAAGCUACUGGCUUAGCGGCCUUGACCGCUAUAAAUCAUUCCAAUGAAGCAGAACUCAAACUGUUCGGAAGUUGCUUCUGCCCUUUUGUACAACGCGUUUGGAUAGCCUUGGAAAUCAAGGGUAUCCCAUAUCAAUAUAUCGAAGUAGAUCCAUACCAAAAACCUCAAUCUCUAUUGGAGAUGAACCCCAGAGGCCUGGUGCCAGCGUUGCGGCACGGUGAUUGGGGAUCGUAUGAAAGCUCGGUUCUGCUCGAAUAUCUCGAAGACUUGGACGUGGGUCUACCCCUUCUGCCGCCGGGCGAUGCGAAGUUACGAGCUCACUGUCGGCUCUGGACUGACCAUAUCAAUCGUCACAUCGUGCCCAGCUUCUACAGGGUUCUCCAGGAACAGGAGGAACAAAAACAGACGGCGAAUAUGCAGGAGCUCCAAGACGGUCUCAAGACUCUAAUCACGGCUGCCAAUCCCGAAGGUCCAUUUUUCCUGGGACCGAGCAUCUCCUUUGUGGAUGUCCAGAUUGCCCCUUGGAUCCUCCGACUAAGCCGGGUGCUCAAACCGUACCGUGGCUGGCCAGACCCCGAGCCUGGAAGCAGGUGGGCCGCAUGGGUUAGCGCAAUUGAGGCCAAUGAGCAUGUCAAGGCGACAACUAGCUCUGACGAAUUGUAUCUUGACAGUUAUGAGAGAUAUGCCCAAAAUCGACCCAACACGUCGCAGGUUGCAAACGCAAUCAACUCCGGAAGGGGGCUGCCAUGA